CUUGAGAAAAGAGCAGCUAUCAACACCUUAUAUUUAUGGCUAUGGCACAAGCACCGGCUUCCUACGAGCCUGAUGUGCCUCCCGGCAACCUGUUGUCUGACCCGACAACUUGCUCCAACCGAGAAGACAUUACAGAGCAUCCUAUCCCACCACAAGAUGACUCUCCGGCGAUCUUCGACGAGGCCAAGCUCGAGCGCCUUGGCCGUCAACGCCCUGAUACCUUACGCAAUGCUCUCACAGAGUCCUGUUUCGUCUUAACCAUGUUACUCUCUAUGAUGAUGUCUGAGUUUUACGUCUCUGGCUUCAACAUCAUUUUGCCAAGUGUCGCCCUCGAGCUCGAUAUCCCAGACGCGGUCCGCACCUGGCCCGCUGCUGUGCCCAACCUUAGCACCGCCGCUCUACUCCUGCCUUUUUCUCGCCUGGGCGAUAUCUAUGGCGCUCGUGGUGUCUUCCUGACUGGUCACGCAUGGACUCUUGUCUGGUCCGUGGCAGCUGGGUUCAGUAAAACGCCGAAUAUGCUCAUCAUCUUUCGAGCUUUGCAGGGCGUCGGAUUCGCUGCAUUUCUUCCCACAGGCUUGACAUUGCUCGCCUCAACCUAUCGGCCAGGACCACGGAAGAAUCUUGUGUUCAGCCUCUAUGGGUCCUUUUCGCCGCUCGGCUUCUACUUUGGUAUCUUCACGGGCUCGGUUUCUGGGGAAUACCUCACCUGGAGGUGGUACUUCUGGACUGGAGCUUUCUUUAUCCUCGCUGUUGUUAUCCUCGGUGUUUCAACGAUCCCGUGCAGCGUUGAUACUGUCAAUCCCGAGGCGAAGAUGGACUGGCUUGGCACGGCGACGAUUGUGCCUGGACUAGCGCUCGUUGUGUACGCACUCACGGAUGGUGGACAUGCUCCUCAAGGGUGGCGCACACCCUACAUCUAUGUCACUUUGAUCAUCGGCGCAAUAUUGCUCUGUCUCGCGGUGUAUAUUCAAGGCUGGGUCUCAGAGCAGCCGUUGAUGCCGCCUGCAGUCUUCCAUCAAAAGUAUAUGAAGCGUCUGUCCAUCGUGCUCUUUUCCUUCUAUGGCGUUUUCGGCUUAUACCUUUUCUUCGCGAGUUACUACCUGGAGAAUGUACUGGGUACUACACCGAUUCUUGCCGCCGCUUGGUUUACCCCCAUGGCAGUCGGAGGCAUAAUCCUCGCCAUCGCUGGCGGCCUCAUUCUGCAUAUACUUCCGGGAAAGCUUCUGAUGACUAUAUCUGGUAUUGGCUUCCUCCUGAGUGGCCUGUUGUUCGCGGUUAUCCCCGCGCAAUCGGAGUCAGGUCAAUCUCGCAGCUUCAUCUACUGGGCAUACGUGUUCCCUGCCAUGAUCUGCUCUACGAUUGGUAUCGACAUCACUUACACCGUGACAAACAUUUUUAUUACCACGAGUAUGCCCCGCAAAUCUCAGGCUGCCGCCAGCGGGCUGAUCAACAGUCUUCUCUACCUGGGCAUGGCUUUCUGGUUGGGCAUUGGUGAGCUUGCGGUGUCAACAGUCAAGAACGCCCGUCAUGGAGACUUGACUCCCCGUCAACAAUAUCGCAUUGGAUUCUGGACAGCGGUCGGCCUUGCGAGCUCUGCAAUCAUCAUUAUGAUGACCAUUAAGUUUGGUAAGGCGUCGUCUGAGCUGACAACGGAUGAAAAGGCCGACUUGGCUAGAGAACUUGAGAUGAGAGAACCUGAGAGUGGGAGAAGGUAG